UUCAACAACAACUAGCAGGUCGUGAGCACGGUUUCACACGGCGCUCGUGUUUCACGAACAGCGCGAUCGCGAUCGUCUCCAGAUUGCGGGGCACUCUGCAAAACCUUGAUCGCCAGUCGCUUGCGAAAGGCGCAGUCAGUUUAGUACGAGCCAUCGAGCAACAAAGAUGGGCGACUAUCCCCGGUCCAACUCGAGCAUCAAGCGGUUGAAGGAAAAGGCGGACAUUGCGGACUUUAUCUUAAAGCCACUCGAUGAGGACGACGAUGGACCGACUCCGUCCAUGAAGGUGAAGAAGGCGAUCAGGUCGCGGAGGAGAGCGACACGGAACAGGACGGCGGUGGACUUGAGCGAUCCGAGGAAUUGUUUUGUCAAACCGUCAGGAUCGUUGAUUCCCAUACCCAUUUCAGAGCUGAAGCCAAAGAAUGCGUUUCCCAAGGAUCCCGAGGCAGAGAGCUUGCUGGGCGAAAAGAGAGUUAGUAUUAUUAGUUCGUUCGAAACGGUCAAGUGGAACUUUGACAAAGGUGAACCGGAAGCGGAGGUCGAGCCACCACCAUGGAUGGAACCUUUCAGUUGCGAUGGAAUGUUCGAAGCGAGGUAUGAUCUCCUACCGAUGGAGUUGAUAUUGAUCAUAUUUAAGCAGAUUACCGUAAGUGACCGCAUGGCGGCUGGGGAGACGUGUAGACGGUGGAUGGAGGCGUCCUACUAUUACGAGCCAUUCCUGAACCAAACUUACUACCACUUUGAUCGUUCGGACUGUGGCGAUCAAGUGGCUCCGUUCAAGUACUUUAGCGAAGGGUUCCGAUACUAUCCAAGGCUAGUGUUUACACAGGUCGAUUUUAACAAGCACAGUGACUUCUGGUUCAAUCACGGCCUUGGCAUCACGGAACUUACGCUGCGAUCGUGCAAGAUAAGAAAGAAGAAGUUCCUCUCAAUAAUGCGAAACCUGCUGAAUCUGCGCAAACUUGAGUUAAUGCAGUGUGAUGAGCUGUUCAAAAACUGGAACAUCGAGUACAACCACCAGGAACCAAUGUUCCCGUUUUUCAUGUUCUGUCUGAAGCACCUGUCCCUCUCCGGAUGUGACUACUUCAACGAGUACCACUUUGAGCGAUUCAUAACCAUGGCGCCGAACCUGUCCUCGAUCGACGUCUCCAACUGUUUCAUCAACCUGUACCUCUCCAAACGCAUCACCAUGCUCGAUCGCGUCAUGAAGCUGAUCAACCGCAACCGGUACCUCAUGAAAUCCCUCAACCUUGCGGACACCCCCUGCGUGGACGACUUCAUCUGGCACUGCCUCUGCGAACUGGAAUCUCUACAGCUAACCCACUUUACGAUAGCGUACAGUGAUCGCGUACCCCUCAAAGACCCCGGAAUCCUGCGGUUCUUCGGCCUUCAAACCGACCUCACCUACCUCAACCUCACCUCCUCGAUCGGACUAAGCGACGAAUGUCUGCAAAAGAUCAUCACCAGCUGUCCCAGGUUGCACACGCUGCUCAUCCGACGCUGCUGGUUGAUCAGCGACGAGGGAGUUGGCGCCACGACACUGACAAAGGAAGGAGUGGAAAUUGUGCGGCGGCCCAUGCACACCCUGGAACACCUGCGCGUGCUGGACAUCUCCAACUGCGAGCGCAUCAGCGACUUUUCCAUCCAAACGUACAUCAUCGGGAAGCGACCGCGCGAGAUGAACGAACUCCAGCUGUGCAUGCUGAACAACCUGUCCGAGUCCAGCAUCUACUACAUCGCGGUCACCUUCAAGAAUAUCCAAGUUCUAAACCUGGACAGCUCGGCCAACGCCAUCACCGACAACUCUCUGCAGUACAUCAUGUGCUACCUGACCGAACUGCGGGACCUCAACAUUGUCGCGUGCACCAAGGUAAGCCCAGCGCGAUCGCGCCCCUUCAUCAUUGCCAUGAUCACCCUUAAAACAAACACAAACAAAACAUUACACAAUCUACGACUCAAUCACUUCCACGUCGCGAUCGCGUAA